AUGUUCCUAAUUAAUACACUCCUUUUAAUCCUACCUGUACUUUUAGCCAUAGCAUUCCUCACCUUAGUCGAACGAAAAAUCUUAGGGUACAUACAACUACGUAAAGGCCCAAACAUUGUAGGACCCUAUGGCCUCCUCCAACCAAUCGCAGACGCUAUUAAGCUAUUCACUAAAGAACCCCUACGACCCCUAACAUCCUCUCCGCUACUCUUUAUUAUCGCCCCAACCCUAGCUCUAACUCUCGCACUAUCAAUGUGACUUCCUAUCCCCAUACCUUACCCACUAGUCAACCUAAAUAUAGGCAUUCUAUUCAUCCUAGCAACCUCCAGCUUAGCCGUUUACUCAAUCCUAUGAUCAGGAUGAGCAUCCAACUCAAAAUAUGCCCUAUUUGGUGCUCUCCGAGCAGUCGCACAAACCAUUUCUUACGAAGUCACACUUGCAAUUAUCCUCCUAUGCAUCCUCCUAAUAAAUGGCUCAUUUACAUUAUCAUCCCUAAUCACAACACAAGAAUAUAUAUGAAUCCUACUACCAGCAUGACCACUUGCCAUAAUAUGAUUUAUCUCGACCCUAGCAGAAACCAACCGGGCUCCAUUUGACUUAACCGAAGGUGAAUCAGAGCUCGUCUCCGGCUUCAAUGUGGAGUACGCAGGAGGCCCCUUUGCUCUUUUCUUUUUAGCUGAAUAUACUAAUAUUAUCCUUAUAAAUGCCCUUACAGCCAUCCUAUUCCUAGGCUCAUUUCACAGCCACACUAACCCAGAAAUAUUUACAGUCAACUUUGCCACCAAGACCCUCCUACUCACAAUAACAUUUCUAUGGAUUCGAGCAUCCUAUCCCCGAUUUCGCUAUGACCAGCUAAUACACCUCUUGUGAAAAAGUUUUCUACCCCUCACAUUAGCCCUGUGCAUAUGACAUAUCUCAAUGCCUAUCAUACUUUCAAGUAUCCCUCCUCAGAUAU